ACGCGACUCGUCCGAUGAUACCUCAGAAUCCGAAACGUUCAGUCUCAAGUCUCUCAAACUAUCCAAGCACAACUCAUAGACCGGGCUCAAGUCUAAGCGUCGCAUCGUUAGCACGUCCUCUCUCUAGCGCAUCCAAUCGACCUCUUUCGCGAGCGUCAACUCAACGUCCGAAAUCACGACAGCGAGUAAUUUCUGCUAAGCUAUCGCUUCUAUGUGAUAGUUUGAUCCACGCUAUGGUUGGGCCAGCCCCUAACCCAGGUACAAAGGGAGAUAAUGAAACAGAAGGGGAUGAACUGGAUAUUAGACAUCGUGAGCUUGUUGACUUUGCGGUGAGGAACCUCAGCAUGGGAGGGGGAACUGUCAGCAAAGCGGCUGUCACUUUCGAUAAGGAACGGGUGGAUUCUAUGAUUCGUGGGCAUAUUGAGAAAGCUCGAAUACGAUCUAACGAUACUCUUGCACAAGCUCUGGAGACGUGCUACAACAAACUCACCUUUCAGGUAGAGAAAGACAAGGAUCUGGAUGCCGAGAUCAACGAAUCACGUCUUCCCGCGCACAUGCAAUUUCUUUUUGCCCUGUCAAACCCACCAGAGCCCAGUACCCUCAACUGCGCGUCGUUAUAUCUCGAUUCUCUCCAAAAUAUACCUCCACGCGCCGAGUCAAACGAAUGGACAUGGGAAAAGAUCCUUGUAGAGGAGCCCUUUGAAGGAGAGCAUUGGGUAGGUGUUCCUGGCGGUAUUCCGAUAUCUCGGAAACGUCAUGGGCUGGGGGAUAGUGAUGAAGGCGACGAGGAUGACGAGAACAGUAGCGGAAGCACGCCCUCAUUGUCCUCCCUUGACACCGACAAUGAUCUGGAUUUAGCCUUCGAACCAAUCUCCACCUUCAUCUCUGAUGAAGGACCCUCAGUUUCCCUCAAGCCACAAGCUCCGAGGAAGUUGGAAGUGACUGAAAACCCGAUAUAUAUGACGCAUGAGUAUAGGAACGAGGUGGAAAUUCUGAAGACCAAACAGUACUGGCGAGAGGAUUGGAAACUGGAUGAGCAACUCGACGCGAUCAUGCACCAAAGAGGGAGUUUCAAUAUUGGAAAUGUUUCGACCCUAGGACCAACUCUUCAGAGAGUCCUUCCGCCAACUGAAGCCCACCCUACGACUUCUGACUUUGCUGUACCCCCUCUUGAAGUUAUUCUUUCGAUCGAGAAAUACAUCUACGAGCAAGAUGCAGUCCGAGAGAUCCUGAUCGCGCUACAAGGUAGAAAAAACAUCUUGUUUGAGUGGAAGGACGGUCGCUUUGAAACGACAGAGACUACCCCACGACUUCUUCAUCUAUCACUAGCGUCUCGAAGGUCCAUUUUCAGUGCUAUCUCCCGGACUUGUACCGUCCUGCAACAUCUCAGACAUUUCACAUCAUUAACUAUCCUUCACUCCUCUCGAUCCCGCGCCGAGGUAACUACCCUAAGCGCUCUAGAGAGGAAUAGGGCGCGACAGGGAAAAUUUACCCGAACCUUGGAGGCCUUUGCUGAUGCCGUCGAUGCGGAGAUUAGAGCUUUGGAAUCGUGGUGUGCUAAGAAGGAAGAGAUGAUCAUACAGGCUACCAGUGGGGCGAUCACAGAACCUGAACGCAGUCUAGUCGUGAGCCUGCUCGAUAUCGAAAAAGCGUUCCGAGACACUUUCGAGGAGAGUUUUGAUGUCUUAUUGGAUGUCGUUAUGAACAUUGUUGACAAAUCAGCCCCUCGUAAAUGGGAUCUACCAAAUAGGUCAGCUUCAACGACAACGACCUUACUUUUGGACAUGCUGUUUUCAACGAUGCAGUCGAGAUUGGAACGCGGGGAUAAGGUCACUGCUGACAGUAUUAUGAGGGUCUUUGUACGCAGUGCGGAAGCAGUGUGGAGUAUGGUCGGGAAAUGGUUAAAGGAUGGAUUUGAACUCGGGACACGUACGAAAAACAGUGGUGGUAGGCGGGAACUCGAACUUGAAGACGAGUUCUUCAUCGAGUCCACUGGCAUUGGAACGGAACUGGGAAUCAUUGGAUUGCUCGACCCCGAUUUUUGGGCAGACGGGUAUGGCUUGCGGGACGAUGAGGUCACCACAUUUGAUCAUGGACAAGUCAAGGGCAUACCGAGCUUCUUGUACCAUGUUGCACCCGCAGUGCUGGAAACUGGGAAAUCUAUAGGAUUACUUAAAGCACUCGAUAUCGAUAUCUCGCUGCUGAACUCCGAAUCCAAACCUAUCGGCGACUGGAAGUGGCUUUCUUUCCGAGAACUCAUUGCACGCGAAAUCUCCGGUCCAUUAUCAGAGGCUGUCGCUGACCAUGGGCUGUUCUCGGUCUCGGUAGACAGGCUUUCGCAGCUCAUAUACAAUUCCCUGACCCCAUAUUCAGAUGCUAUCAGGGCUGUGAUGGCACAGGUGAUAAUCCAGGAAUGCAAUUUUUGGUUUCACUUGCAUGCUAUUCAAGCCAUAUAUCUAAUGAGAAGAGGCGAUGUUAUCAAUGACUUUGCCAACCUUGUUUUCGCAAAGAUGGAAGCCCAACAGUAUUGGAACGACUUUCACUUUCUCAAUACUGCCUUCAGCGACAUCGUUGAGUUGAGCAAUUCUCCUCAGUCGGAGCAUUGGCUCCAGACUUCGCUUGUCAGAUUCUCGUACCGUAGUAAUGGCGGAGAAGAUCAAUCAGUUAUCCAGACUGUAAAGGCCAUAGAAGGCCUGAGUGUGGAAUACGCCGUCCCUUUCCCGCUCACGUAUAUUUUCACCCCCCGAAACAUACAGGUGUAUAACGAUAUCUUCGUGUUCUUGUUGCAAGUACGGAGGUCAAAAAAUGUUCUUGAGCGCAUAUUGAUCAGAGGAGAAUGUGGAAGAACGGAGUCGAGUAAUGGGCUGAUGUUAUUCUAUGCGAUGAGAAGCCGUUUAAGCUGGUUCAUAAAGUUAGUUAUGAGGUUUUUCUAUCGAGAAUUUCUUGAUCAGAUCCCUACUUCGACAGUACCCUCCUCAACUUUAUGGUCACCAAUGUGAUCCAGACUCAGGUCGAAAUUUUUCGUGAACAGCUCGAACAGCCGAGAUCUCUAGACCAUAUCAUUCAGCUGCACCUUGAGCAGUACGUCGUACCCAAACUUAAAACCGUUUAGGUUCUACGCUGAUGACUACCUAAGCUUGAAAAAAAUUCAAGGAAGGUGCCUACUACAAUCAAAGACUGCAGCGCUUCAUCAAGCCAUUAUUUCAGCGCUCGACAUGGCUAUCAACUUCAGCGAUAUCUUCGUUUCAUUCUCCGGGAACGCCUCGAUGCACGAGACAUCUGUCCAUUCAGUAACUCUCAGGCAUCGCAGCCGAAAGCAGAGAAGACGACAAAAGAAUGUUGUUGGUUUUAGUCACGCAGACUGGAGCACCGAGUCUUCGGAUUCCUGUCCUGAAUACACGGAGGAGGAUGAAAAGGGAUACCUGACGUCGUUGUCCGUCUCUGUGAACACCACAUUUGAAGAUGGAAAUUACUUCGCCCGAAUCAGUAAGAUGUCAACUGAGCUGGAUGGAUUAGUUCGGUUCAUUAGGCGUGGCGUGGAGACCCUUGCUGGUGGGACAGGAGAGGCUGCUGCGACCUUUGGUGUACUGGCAUUUGCUUUAGAAGACUGGGAUCUCUAAAAAACCCCAAUGUAUAUUUUCCUGCACAAGCUUGCUUUAAAUGACCUUUCAGGCUCCUCCGACCA